GUGUACUAACAUCUAUGGACUCUUGUAGGGAUGCACACAGAAGGACCGCUUCAUCGUCACUCAGAUGCCGCUGCCCAACACUGUGGCCGACUUCUGGCGCAUGUUGUACGACUAUACCUCUGAUACCAUCAUCAUGCUCAAUGAGUUUGAUAGGAACGACAAGUCGUGUGCCUUGUACUGGCCGGAGGAAUAUGGCUAUACAGAAGAGUAUGGCCCCCUCAACGUGGAGCUGCUGUCAUCCUCUGAAGCUGACCCUGACGUCACCAUCCGCAUCUUCAAACUCAGCCAUCUUGUCAAGGGUGAGGAGAGAGCAGUGAAACAGUUCAUGUUCAAGUCAUGGCCAGACUACCAGACAGUGCCCAACUCACGGACAGCUCUACUAAGGCUGCACAAACUCACCACAGACUGGCUCAAGCAGAACGGCAAAGGCCCAGUCACAAUACACUGCAUGAAUGGCGCCAGCAAGAGCGGGGUGUUUGCUGCCGUAAGUCUGGUGCUGGAGAGACUGAGCCUGGACCAGGAGUUGGAUGUGUACCAGACCGUCAAACAGAUCCGCAUCAACAGACCACAGUUCAUUGAGAACUAUGAACAGUUCCAGUUCUGCUACCAACUCAUCAUGGAAUACCUUGACAGCCAAGAGUAGCCAUAGCAACCGUUGAUCAAUCAUAGCAACAUUCCACGGUUACAAUAACCACCAUCCCAGCAUUCCAUAGCUCAAAGCAAAUGCUUGUGAUGUUUUAGUAUCUCAAAUUGUCAUUUUCAAUUUUACAAACCAUGAAAGCUUUAGUCAGUGUUAUGUAAUGGAGAUAUUACUUUUGCUCAGAUUUAUAUAUAUGUUGUACACCAUCAGGAUAUUUUAACAAGUUGUUUAUUGAUUGUAUUUUCUGAUAUGAACUUAAGAGUUAAGAUAUUUUUAAUUGUGUUGACUUUUAAAGAUUGUUGAAUUCAUUUGCAUCUUCUGAAAGGUUGUUAUAUAAGUUACCUAUGUCAAAUUUGUUUAUUUGCCAAUGGUUAAUUUGCAGAUGUUAGGAAAGUAGUAUGUUCAGAGACAACAGGUAGUAUAUUUCCCAGAUUAUGCAUUCACUGCUUAUAUGAUGUGUCAUACAAAGUUUAUUAACUGAUAGAAGUAUUACAUGUAUGUCUGGAGCUGCCAUCAGCAAGGGCUAUACUGUACUCUGUUGUGAGUGCAUACUAAGGUUGUGAUGCAGUGUGACAUACUGUGAAACCUUGUGAAUGUGGAACCUGUUAUAGUGGACACUAGGCGUCUGAACCUUGUGAUUCUGUAUUGUCUGUGUCCAAGGAUACAGUCCUACUGAUGGUGUCCUCGGAUACAGCCCUACUGAUGGUGUCCUCGGAUACAGUCCUACUGAUGGUGUCCUCGGAUACAGUCCUACCAAUGGUGUCCUCGGAUACAGUCCUACCAAUGGUGUCCAGGGAUGCAAUCCUACUGAUGGUGUCCUCGGAUACAGUCCUACUGAUGGUGUCCUCGGAUACAGUCCUACUGAUGGUGUC